UACUUUGAAAUUUAAUUUUCAAUUAUAGUCAAUAUGAAUUUUUUUAGUAAUUUCGUAAUAUAAAUUCUAGAAUUGAAGAAAAUUUAAUUUUGAAAAAAAAAUCAAUAUAAUAAAUAUUAAUAGAAUUGUUGUUGUGCUUUUAAUGUUGCUAGUUUAUGUGACCCAACUAGUCUUGAAAAAUUUAAAGUUUUUCAUUUAUUUCAUCUGGAAAUAGAGUCAGUUGGAGAGUAACAUAUUUUUUGAAGUCAAGAAAUUGUUGAAAAUAAUCGAUAAUUAUAAUUAAUAAUCAGUCGAAAUCGGCAAAAAAAAUAAAUAGCGAAAUUUUUUUUAAUGUAACUCCGAAAAGAGUUCACUUUUCUAUUUGAGAUGAGUAAAACUUUUUAUACAGGUAUGUAAAAAAGUAUUUUUAUUUCUAAGUAAAAUAAUUAAACCGUUUGAAUCCACGUAAAUAUUUGUACAUUUAAUCAUGUCUCUCUAGAAUGAGUUUUAGAACUUCUUCAAAUUGAAAUUCAUAAACAAUGUAAAGAAUAAGAAUAAUUGUAUAUUUUUUAUAAAAAAUAGGUACAUUUAAUUUAAUUAAUCAACUAAUAUUUGCGUACUUUAUAUAAAAUACAGUAGAGGGAGACUCUCUGUUUUAGUAGAAUGUGUAUUUUUAUGUUAUGUGUUGCUUAUUUGAGCUUUUCAUUUGAAGCAUUCAAUUGAAAUUCGAGUAAAGCGCAGCUGUCCAUUCAACCAUAAAUUUGGUAGAAAUGAAGCUUAUGUUGUAUACAUAAAAAUAAAGUCAUAUAUAAAAAAUAGAAAAGACUGAUAGUUUUCUAUAACAAAGGAUGUCAGUUGAACUAUACAAAUUGAUUGGUUAUUUCAUAACUUUAUGGAUUAAAUAAAUCGUCACAAAAUGUGGCCAAUAUUAAUGAGUACCUUAAGACGAUACGUACCGUAUGUAACACUUCCAUUCGCUGGUAUUAUUGGAAUUAUUGGUUCUUACUUGGAAGGCUGUGUAUCGGAUCGUCAUACACCGAGUACAGCUCCUAUUGUACAACAACGAGAAGAAAGAUUUCUAGAAAAUCUUGACUCUAAUUCACAUAAUAUUAGUAAACAUAAACCUUUUGAAGUAAAUAUUUCACCAUCAUUGUCAUGAAGACUAUGUUGGAGUAAAAUUUUUAUAAUUAGUUUAUUUUUAUUAUAAAAUAUAAACAUAAACGUUUUAUAUUUAAAGUUGGAUGAUAAUAAAAGUGCGAUUAAAUAUA